UCUACUCGAGAUACGCCCCCCUUCUUUGCUACAUCACCAAACGGUACGGAAAACGUUGCUCGGUCAACUUUCUUUUUUUAUGUGCAAGUAAAAGUAUAAAAAGAUAAUAUUUGAAAUCAAACCAUGUUGAAUAAAUCAGUAAUGAAAAGACGUUAUACGGAUUUAUAACGGGUAUGGCCACCAUGAGGACACCAAGUAGAUAAAAAAUUUACACAAUGGCACCGCUAACACCAAUAGGGAUUUCCCCGAUUUCACAGAGUAUAUCUGUAGCAAGUCGGCAGCAAUCAACUGUUCAUGUCGUAAUAACAUCGACUCAGAAUGUACCAGGCGGCAGCUCAUCAACUCAAAAGCUAAUGACACCUGGAAUAUCUUCAAACACCCCUGGUGUGACCGACAGAGAAAAAUCAUCAACUGUCGGACUUUCGUCCACAAGGAUAUCAACUAUAAAUAGUAGAUCUACCACACCGAAACCUGCUUCUGUGACUCUGUCAACGGUACGAAGUAAUCCACCCAGUGUCCCUUCCACUAGCAUUGCUAGCUUAUCCACAACAAGAAGGAAUCCAUUCAUCAGUGUACAAUCCCCAGGAGGAAACCAUCCAAAUUACUCGACGAUCCUGCCUCCUAUCUCGCAGGGUCAACAUGGAGCAGCUAAUGGUGAUGGGGAUGGCGCAAACACAUCAACUAUCAUUGCAGGAGUUCUUGUUCCACUGAUUUUAAUUGGAGUAGCUGCUCUUGCAGUAUACAUUUGGUAUCGGCGGAAGUAUCCGGUGAGAAUGGUACUUGGACGUGACUUUAACAGAUUCUCUAACCCUGCUUAUAGUAAAAGAGCAUCGACAUUGACUUUGGUAAGAAACGAUGAACGAAAGGAAUGGGAUACAUUAUGUAGGAGAAACCCGGAUCUUUCAAAAGUAAUUGAAGAUGAGCAAGGAGGAAUUGAAAACGAGGCAUUUGAUUCUGAAAACGAAGAAGGCAAAGGAAAAGACAAUGAUAUAAGGCCGGAAGCAGACAUCGAAAACCCUGCUUCAAAUGACAUGGAUAAAAAGUUUGAGGAAGACGGAUUACAGAGCGAAGGUAUACGUCGUGAACGACCAAAAACAAAAAAGGCAAUUCUAGUUAAAACAAGUACAAUGGAAGAUUUUGAGAAUGGAUUUGAACUUGUCACGGAAUCUGAUUUAGGUCAGAGAACAGAAAGUGAAGUUAGUUCAGGAAAUGAUAGUACUGAAACCCAUACAAUAAGUUUAACAUUUUCAGAAACAUUUGAUGAAAGACAUAAGACGGAACGAAGCGUAUCAGAUAUUGGUGAUGUUAAAGAUUCUGGCGCGGUUUGUGUAGAAAAUAUCGAUUUAGAUAAUAAAGAAAAUAUAAGUUUAAAGUCUGCGUCGGAAGAUACAAUCGGGGAAGGCAUAGAUGUACAAGACGACAAUACUUUAGAUGUAAGUGAAAUAGGGUCUUCUCAAGGUAAUCAAUCAUUUGAGAUUGUAGGCAAUGAACAAGAAAUUGAUGCAUUUGCCGUACAAGACGAGCCAGAUGUCGCCGAAGGAAUGACUGACACAUCACAAAUGCUUACAGACUUCCAUUCUCAAGAGAACUCCGAAGAAGUCUUACAGCUAGAAACACAGGAUAUUGACAGCGGUGGCGAGUCUUGUAUUCCUGAAACAGUGAAUUUUACAUCGCCUUUGGACAAAGUCGGGAUUGUAUCUGAAAUUGUAAUCAAUGACAUGGAACAACAAGAAAACAUUCAAGAAAAUUUAAAUGCAUCGCAUACUACAGGUGAAGAUGAAAGUGAAGACGGAUUUCAGGACAACAAAGUGCAAGCAGAAGACGAAACAUAUCAACAACCUUCACACAACACCAGUUAUGAUAAACAGGAAGUGAUAAAUGAGGACAAAUCAAAGGAUGAUGAUAUCAGUCAAAAUAAUAUGACUAAUGAAUACGAUAGAAACGUAUUAGAAAAAGAAAAAACUGAAGUUUUAGAAAAAGAGAAAAAUGUAGUCGGAAGCAAUGAUUUACAAGUUCAUUCUUUAAUAGACUCCGAAGGUGCACUCUCUGAGGGAUCUGCUGAUGAAUUAGAUUCUCAAUGCUUGAUUGCUCAAAGAAUAAAGCCGUCAUUACAAUUAUCAAAUGAAAACAUUGUUCUUGAUUCUGUCCCACAAAGUCCAAUAGUUCUUGUCCAAGAGUCAUUCAUUCUUGAGAAUGAGUCCCCACUUCCGGUGUACUUAGAUAGCACUCAUAUGAGUCCGGGACGGGGGAGGCGAGCAUUUACACUCAAUGAUAUUGCUUCAAAAGGCACAUCAAAUGGUAAUAUCACCUCCGAAUUUAGUCUGCCAAACUUAAACGAUGAAAUAUCAAAAUCGUCGCCUGUGAUAUCUGAGCUGAAAACUUUCACCCACAAACAAUUUGAAUUCGAAUCAAAACAUGAAGAAAGCCGAUCUACUGACGAUCAAGUGACAAAGAAGGGCUUGACCUCUGAAAGCAUAAAAUCAGAAACAUUUCAAACAUGUGCAGAUGAAGAAGAAGGACAAAAACAAGUUUCAAGUUUCAAUGACGUCCCAGAGACCAGUGAAAUAAAUGAAAAUGAAGACAACCAAUUAGUUGCCAGUAUAUUUGACUCAGCAAGUACCUCCGGGUUAGAGAACACACAUGCCAAGAAAGACACAUGCGAUGAAAGCGAUGAAAUGUUCAUAUCUUUAGACAGCAAUUCUUCUGAGUUUACUAAUAACAAAUCUGAUAAUUUUAAGGAUUUAGAUAGCAGUAAUUUUGAUGAUUUUAAUUUUGUGAACACUGGUUUUCAGUCAGGAACAGAAGAAUUGUCCCCAAAAAAUUCUUUAAACAGUCAGGAUGACAGCUUAGAUGCAAAUGUAAUAACUUUCGAUGAUAAAUUAACUGAUGAUUAUCCAUUCGUAGACAAUUUUCCACAAUCGUCGACACCGACCGCUUCAUUUGUUGCAGGAGAAUCACAUGACCAAGAUGAGGAUUUGAUAAGAAAGAAAUUAACACCGCAAACUUUUGACUUUGGUAAUUUCGACGAAUCCGAUAGUGAGUCUUCGAACUCUGAAAAAUCAUCCGAAAAAAGUGAAAUUAUUGACACAAUCUGUUCCACACCCACUGGAAUCUUGGUUGAUACACAAUUUUUGGGGAUAGAACCUUUUGAUAAAAUGGAUAAUGCUAGAGAUAAUUAUGAGGAAAAUGUUGAGAAGCAGACGUUAGCGUCUGCUGGAGAAAUGUUUAGUUUAACUAGAUCCACUGACUCAUCAACAGAAUUGUCAUGGGAAAUCCUAAGCGGAGAAAAUAGUCAAGACUCAAAAAGUAACGAUCUCUUAGAUAUCACAACAAAAGACACUAAAGAAAAUACGUCAGAACACCAAGCUAUUUCUAUAAACAAGGAUCAAAACAAUGAUCUUCUCUCGUUAUCAACAAAGCCGGGAUUGAUCAAUUUUGAUUCUUUUGAUAUGUCAAAACAAAGUUCCGUAAAUGAUACUAGUAUGGGAAGUUCGACAACGACUGAUAUAUCUUGGGAAAUUGUUAAUGAAGAGGGAGAUAACUCAGAGUGUUAACAUCAUGUAAAGCUAUUUAUAUUGUUAAGAGAUAAGUCUCGUGAAGAAAUUGGUUUGAAAUGUUACUCGUAUUGAUUCAUUAUCCGGAAUUUUUCUUUUACAGCUCAGCAGAAUGUAUGCACUCAAGUAGAUAUAUGUUCAAGUAAAGCAAUCGUUUUGAAUUUCGAUGCCUUAGAAAGAUAUGUCAUAUCACGGAUCUAUAUUACAUAUAAAUCCGUGGUCUAUUUUCUCAAACUAAGAGAUAGAAAUUUGUCAUACUUUAUAAUUAUAUUGUUAACCUACUGUAUAUGAUUACUAUUUUCGAUAUUGUAUUGUUAGAACCAAGUUAACAUCAAACGAGAAAAGGCGAACAUUUUUAUCAAACAAUAUUACUUUUUGCUUUGUGAUGUAAAGUUCCUGUCUGUUUGGAAAAGGAUAUGAAAUCGAGUAAUUAAAACACGAGUUAAUGUAACAUUGUGAUAGAAAAUAAUUUAAUAUAUUUAUAUAUAUGCAAUUAUUGUAAUGAUUUCUCAGCUUAUCUUAGUUUUAUAAACGUUUAUGUUAUGGAAUGAUUAAGAUUUUUUUCAGCAUUUUAUUAUUUGUAUUUAUUUACCAAAGCACGGAUCUUAAUUAAUAAUAUAAACCCGUGACCAAAGAAAGCGAGUUAUUUAAUUAAUAUACCUUCUCGGGAUGGACAUGUAUUUAAGUGAAAGCUUUUUAUGUUUCUAUUUUUAAGUCCACGGCCAGUGAUAUGUAUUUACUUGUUUGUGAUAUUUGUAAUAUAACAUAUCUUCUAUGUGCCUUUGUUACGGCCUACGUGAGCACUUUUUUCUUUAUAUGCUUGAGGUGAAAAAAUGGGUUUUCUAUUUCAAUGUAUACUAACUGUUUUUAAUUCUAGUUAUUUUCGACAUUGUUAUUUCAUUUAAUAAAAUAUUCAAUCAGAA